AGGAGGGCAGAGAUUGGCCCAGGAACUUGUCUGGUCGCUCCCGCCCUCUUGUCUACAGCCGGCGCUUCCGCCAAGCUCCAGCCUCCCCGCAGCCGCUGCUCGGGGCACCCAGGACGUCCCAGGCUCGCCCCCGCUAGCUGUGGGGUCAGGAUUGUCCCAACACUUGGGGCUUUGCCUCUAUGUUCUCCAGUCGCACAUCCCGGAAGUCAAUCUCUCAACAAUCUGGAGACGCUUCCACCAUGGCAGAGGGUGAAGAAUACCGGAACCCCACGGAGGUGCAGAUGAGUCAGCGGGUGCUGCCCUGCCACACUAAUCACCGUGGGGAGCUGAGCAUUGGACAGUUGCUCAAAUGGAUCGACACCACAGCUUGCCUAUCAGCGGAGAGGCAUGCUGGCUGCCCCUGUGUCACAGCUUCCAUGGAUGACAUCUACUUCGACCAUACCAUUAGUGUCGGUCAAGUGGUGAAUAUCAAGGCCAAGGUGAACCGGGCCUUCAACUCCAGCAUGGAGGUGGGAAUCCAGGUGGUCUCUGAAGAUCUGUGCUCUGAGAAGCAGUGGAGCGUCUGCAAGGCCUUGGCCACCUUCGUGGCCCACCGGGAGCUCUCUAAGGUGAAGCUAAAGCAGGUCAUCCCAUUGACAGAGGAGGAGAAGACCGAGCAUGGGGUGGCGGCUGAGCGCCGGCGUAUGCGACUGGUCUACACAGACACCAUCAAGGAUCUCCUAACCCACUAUGUCAUCCAGGAUGAUCUGGACAAGGACUGCAGCAAUAUGGUGCCAGCCGAGAAGACCCGAGUGGAGAGUGUGGAGCUGGUGCUGCCUCCUCAUGCCAAUCACCAAGGCAAUACCUUUGGGGGCCAGAUCAUGGCCUGGAUGGAGAACGUGGCCACCAUUGCAGCCAGCCGGCUCUGCCAUGCACACCCUACGCUCAAGGCCAUUGAGAUGUUCCAUUUCCGAGGCCCGUCUCAAGUGGGAGAUCGUCUGGUGCUCAAGGCCAUUGUGAAUAACGCCUUCAAGCACAGCAUGGAGGUGGGUGUGUGUGUGGAGGCUUACCGCCAGGAGGCUGAGACCCAGCGCCGGCACAUCAACAGCGCCUUCAUGACCUUUGUGGUCCUGGACAAGGAUGACCAGCCUCAGAAGCUGCCCUGGAUUCGUCCCCAGCCUGGGGAGGGUGAACGGCGAUACCGAGAGGCUAGUGCCAGGAAGAAGAUCCGCCUGGACAGGAAGUACCUUGUGUCCUGUAAGCAGGCAGAAGUGGCCCUGUCUGUCCCCUGGGAUCCUAGCAACCAGGUAUACCUGAGCUAUUACAACGUGUCCUCUCUGAAGACGCUCAUGGCCAAGGACAACUGGGUGCUGUCCGAGGAGAUCAGUGAGGUCCGCCUGUACAUCCUGGAAGAAGAGUUCCUGUCCUUUCAUUUGGAGAUGGUGGUAAAUGUGGACGCCGCUCAGGUCUUUCAGCUGCUGUCAGACCUGCGCCGAAGACCAGAGUGGGACAAGCAUUACCGGAGCGUGGAGCUGGUGCAGCAGGUGGAUGAAGAUGACGCCAUCUACCACGUCAUCAGUCCCACCCUGAGUGGCAACACCAAGCCCCAGGACUUUGUGAUCUUGGCCUCUAGGAGGAAGCCUUGUGACAAUGGGGAUCCCUAUGUCAUUGCCCUGAGGUCCGUCACACUGCCCACGCACCACGAGACACCGGAAUAUCAACGUGGGGAGACUCUCUGUUCAGGCUUUUGUCUGUGGCGUGAGGGGGAACAAAUGACUAAGGUUUCUUACUACAACCAGGCCACCCCCGGCUUUCUCAACUAUGUGACCACCAACGUGGCUGGCUUGUCUUCGGGAUUCUACAACACUUUCAAGGCUUGUGAGAGUUUCCUGUUAGACAACCGGAAUGACCUAGCCCCCAGCCUCCAGACCCUCUAGACACCACGCCAUGCUGCCCCAGGUCUCACAGUGCAUGGAGCAAAGCAGAGACAUUUAUUCACCUCGGAGCAAAGCAGAGACAUUUAUUCACCUCGACUCCCCAGGGAAGCCUUCCACAUUAGAUGGUCCAGUCCUACUGGAUGGUCGGUUCCUGCUCACAUCUGCCUGCAAGUCUUUCCAGUACUCCUGGGGUAUCCUGUAAUAGACUCGGGUCCUGUCCACGGCUCUGGCCACCCACAAUCCAGCCCACACAUCCGCAUAGCUGUUCCCAGCAGUGCUGUGGUACACUGUAACAGUGGCUCUAGGGGACGAUGCCAGUAACCUGGCCACAGUUUUGGCUGGACUCUGGCCCAGUGGCCCAGCCUGCAGCUGGAAGGACACAGGUUGCCGGAGUCCCUGACACAGCUCCAGCAUAUCUGUGACCAUCUGCUCCUGAUAGCCACUGCCCAGCAUCUCUUCAGGCCAGCCCGGUGCCACAGUCACAUGGGGGAAAACUUCAGCCACAGCUGUGAGCAGCUCUCUGCCAGCUACGUGGCCAGGGACCACAAAACUACCAUGUGAGACUGUGGCCCCCACCCACACAGGCCAGGGCAGAUGGCCGAGGGUGGAGAGGCGCGCUAAUGUGGCCAGGGACGGCCGGAGAGCUGUGGGUUCCACUAUGUUCACAUGGAUGCCCCAGCGCCUGGGGUGAACAGCCAGGUAUAGCAGACACGACUCCAGUGUCAGAACAGGACCAUCUGAGGCACGCAGGAUGGGCACAGGGGUCCCAGCCUCAGGUUCCAGUAGGCCAACGUCCAGCAGGAUCAUGCCUUCUCUGUCUGGAAGAGGUAACAGUUUGGAGAUCCUGUCAUCACGGGACGUCAGUGUCUCUUGUUAAAGGGGACAGGCAUGAGGACAUGUGACUGGUGACUCUCAGGCAGGCCUGACAAGUUGCUGGCCUCUGCUGGCCUCCACCUUCUUGGCCUUCCUAGUAGUGACUCAGAGCUGGGUCACCACCCACUCCUCUAGUCACAGUGUGGCAGAGGACUCAGGGCUGUUGGUCUAAGACCAAGAGUUCCUGCUCUUGACAUUAUUCCUCCCACUCUGUAUCCAGUGUGUGGCUUAUCAUGUUGCCAUGGUAACAGAGAAUCAAGUUACCCCCACCCAAGCAAAUGACAGACCCAUGGGUUAGGGUAGCCGGGAGCUUUAGAGCUGCAGGCAGACUCACCAGGGACAGUAAUGGCUGCUCUUCUCCCUGUGCCAUUCACUUUCAGAACCAGCCACUCUACCUCCAGACCAUCACCCUUGGGCUGCUGGAGAAGAGGGAUCAGGCUGCCACCUGUGUAGUAGAUUCGCUUCCGGGUGGUGUUCACUGUGGGACCCAAAAUUGCCAAAGUGAAGGGACCACUCUCCACAAAUCACCUUGCGUACGCACUGGCUCUCCCCCAUCCUAAGCCCUGUGGCUGUCAGUUCCCCUUUGGGUAGAUUCGAAGUCAUUGUCUCAUGGCCUGACAUUCAACAGAAUUUACUGGGCCAGAAACCAAACAGAGCUAGAGAUGAUGGGCCAAAGCUUGUCUCUGCCCCUUCCUAGACAUGGCUCCCUCAAUAGGAGUGGAAUCUGAUGUGACCCCUUGGGAUGAUUUGAUGUGGGUGCCCCUAGACGCAAGGUCAAGAGAACAGGGGUUUGUGUAGUGGCAUCUGCCUCAUGAACUAGUGGGCACACAAGAGGGCUGUGCUCUGAGACACUAGUGCCAUCCAAGAUGAAUGGCGCUAUGGAAGCCAGGACACGUACGUGUGUGUGUGUGUGUGUGUGUGUGUGUGUGUGUGUGUGUGUGUGAGAGAGAGAGAGAGAGAGAGAGAGAGAGAGAGAGGGAGAGAGAGAGAGAGAGAGAGGGAGACUUGGCUAGGUUGUGAUCAGAUUGCACUCCUAUAAAAUUCUUGUGGCUUUGGACCUCCGUUUCCCUAUCAACCAGACUCCUGCUCUGUGGAUCGGCAAGGCUUGGAUAACAUAAUGUCCCAGAGGCAGAACACAAAUUCUCAGAAUAGUUCCAUCUGACCACCCUUUCUCUGCUUCCAUGACCACCCAAGGCUGCUCCGAGCAGAAACACAGCCCACACCUCCCCUCCCAGGUCUCCUUCUUACAGGCCAGCUGCUUAAACUGCGACAAGACAGGCUCAAAGAGGUCAUAGUAGAUUUGGUGAGUGGCACUGUUGUCCCGGAUGAAGAGGAGAUCUUCUACUGACACAGGGUCUGAGGCACCCUGCCACAGUGUCAGGCUGUACCUGGAACCAGAGAGCUGACUCAGGGCCCGCGUGGGCCCCUAAAGACUCUUGGCUCUACUUGUGUGCUCAGAACUGAAUGCCAGCUGAGCCCAGGAGUAGAACAUCUGUUCUCUAGCGUCCCACCAGAGGAUGAUGGGGAGCAGGGGUUCAGAGGGCAGGAGGAUGUGCACCCCUGGGAUGUGUUUCUGAGUUACCCACUAAUGGAAGCAGUGACCAGUCUGUCACCAGAGGAGUACAAGCUGGAGGCAGAGCAUAGGAGGUUGUUAGGUCAGUGGGGCUGGGACAAGAUGAUCUUUAGGACCUCUCUUGCCAUGUUCAUCUUGGGUCAGAGCCCAGAUAGGUUUGGGACCAAUAGAGGGGGUUUCACCUCUCAGAUUGGCUCAGAAGCCAGCUGAAGUGGGGCCAAGCAGCCCGGGUCAUGACAGCCCGCACUGGGAAGGUGACCUUCUGUGGCAGCGCUCCGACCAGCUCCUGCAUUUUUUCCACCAUGGCUUGGGUGUAUGUGCUGUUUGGCAACUGAGGCACAUAAAGAGUGGUAAAGCCUGGAGAAAUGGUGGCCUUUGGAUACUUCUCCUGGACAAGGGCCAGAAACCUGCAGAGAACAGAGAGAUCCAUCUUUCCAGGCUGCUCCAGUCCCUUCUUGUAGGCUCUUGCCACAGGGAGAGGGAACAGCCAGGCCUAUUGAGUCUGUGCUUGGAGAUUGGCAUCAGAGCCCCAAAAAACAGUGGUUUGCUCAUCUUCCUGCUGAUAUCACCACCCCGUGCAGUCAGGGAGGUCUGGGCUCAGGUCUCCACUCUGCAUCUGGUCACUUCAGCCUCUGAUUUGCAAAGAUUGUCUGCCAGGGCAGAGCCUUUUUAACGUCCCCAGAUCGACAGAGAGAGGGACUUGGGUGAGACUUGUAAGGUGUGCAAACCUGCAUGCUUACAGCUGGCUUCGAGUCUCCAAAGUUUCAGAUUCCUAAUUUUUUUUUCCAUGAGAAGAGCAUGGUACCACGUCUGUAAUCUCAGCACUUGGGGAGGGGUGGGAGGCAGGAGGACUUCCUGCAUCCCCAGCUACAUAGCAAGUGCAGGGCUAGCCUAGGCUACAUGAAACUAUCUCAAAGCAAUAUAUUGAAAAGAAUUAUUUCAAUUUUUUUCUGAUGCAAAAUUUCAAUAGGAAAUGUUACCUACUGCCCAGCCCCUGAUACAUAAAUCAGCACCCUGAGGAGAGAAUCUUUGUUUGUCUUGGGCCCUAGCCUACAUUUUCCAAAUAGAUCUCAUUUUGAGACUUAUAGUAAAUAUUGGCUGGGCAGAUGGAGGUGUCUGCAGACUACAACACUUGAGGAGGGAAGGCCUGUGGGAAUCUUUGCUCUGCCAUUUUGUAGACUUAGACAGGCCAUUUAACCUUUCAAAGAUAGUUUCUGUACUUACAAGAUGAAUAUGGCUAGUUGCUACCUCAUUCUCUUAAGAGUUCAGCUAUGUUCUACAAAUAAAAUGCUUGAAUCCGUGCCUGGGGUACAGUAACCACUCAA